GUCCGGCCGUCCAUCUGUCCACCCGCGGUUCUCCCGCAUCUCCCCGGCUCGGAGCCUGACGCCACCGCCGCCGCCUUCACUCUCCUGAGACAUCUUCCUGGGACAAGUCCCUACCUCACACACCAGGAUGGGGUGCCAAGUGUUGCUGGGCCUUGGCCACCAGAUGCUGCGCCGGAAGGUGGUGGACUGCAGCCGGGACGAGGGCCGCCUGUCUCGCUGCCUCAACACCUUCGACCUGGUGGCCCUGGGCGUGGGCAGCACGCUGGGCGCCGGCGUCUACGUGCUGGCAGGGGCCGUGGCCCGCCAGGACGCCGGCCCCGCCAUCGUCCUCUCCUUCCUCAUCGCCGCGCUGGCCUCUGUGCUGGCCGGCCUGUGCUACGGGGAGUUUGGUGCCCGGGUCCCCAAGACCGGCUCGGCCUACCUCUACAGCUACGUGACAGUGGGCGAGCUCUGGGCCUUCAUCACCGGCUGGAACCUGAUCCUGUCCUACGUCAUCGGCACGUCGAGCGUGGCCAGGGCCUGGAGCGCGACAUUUGACGAGCUGAUCGGCAGGCCCAUUGGGGAGUUCUCCCGGAGGCACAUGGCCCUCAACGCCCCCGGCGUGCUGGCCAAAAACCCGGACAUAUUUGCUGUCAUCAUCAUCCUCAUCUUAACAGGUCUCCUGACUUUCGGGGUGAAGGAGUCGGCCAUGGUCAACAAGGUGUUCACCUGCGUCAACGUGCUGGUCCUGGGCUUCAUCAUGGUCUCGGGGUUCGUCUUGGUCAAGGACUCCAUCCAAAACUGGCAGCUUCCCCCGGAGGGGCUCCGGAACGCGUCCGACUACCCCUGCCUCCAAAACGGCACCAGGGAAAAAGGGAGGCCGGAUGCGGGCGGCUUCAUGCCCUUUGGGCUGUCAGGAGUGCUGUCAGGGGCAGCGACCUGCUUCUACGCCUUCGUGGGCUUCGACUGCAUCGCCACCACAGCGUCCCCGCGGGGUGUGAGGUGCCCUCUUCCUGACAUGCACCCUCUUCUGUGUUCCUCUCUCCUGUCCAGCCUGCUGGGGUCCAUGUUCCCCAUGCCUCGGGUCAUUUAUGCCAUGGCCGAAGACGGGCUCCUCUUUAAGUUUCUGGCCAAAAUCAACGACAGGACCAAAACGCCCAUCACCGCCACGGUCGUCUCCGGGGCCAUCGCCGCGGUGAUGGCCUUCCUCUUCGACCUGAAGGACCUGGUGGACCUCAUGUCCAUCGGGACGCUGCUGGCCUACUCUCUGGUGGCCGCCUGCGUGCUGGUCUUACGGUACCAGCCGGAGCAGCCCAACCUCGUGUACCAGAUGGCCCGAACCACAGACGAGCUGGACCCCGUGGACCACCACGAGCUGGUGUGCACCAGCGACUCCCAGACAGGGUUUCUGCCACAGGCCAAGUUCUCCCUGAAAGGCAUCCUGUCGCCGCCCAACACGGAACCCUCCAGAAUCUCAGGGCUCACUGUGAACAUCGCCACCAGCCUCAUAGCUGCCCUCAUCAUCCUCUUCUGCCUGGUGGCUGUGCUGGGCAAGGAGGCGCUGGCGGCUGGCGAGCUGUGGGCCAUCUUCCUGCUGGCCGGCUCGGCCCUCCUCUGCACCGUGGUCACCGUCAUCAUCUGGAGGCAGCCCGAGAGCAAGACCAAGCUCUCCUUCAAGGUGCCCUUCCUCCCUGUGCUGCCCACCCUGAGCAUCUUUGUCAACGUGUACCUCAUGAUGCAGCUGGACCAGGGCACGUGGGUGCGCUUUGCAGUCUGGAUGCUUGUUGGCUUCGCCAUCUACUUCGGCUAUGGCCUAUGGCACAGCGAGGAGGCGUCCCUGGCAGCGGGCCAGGCGAGGACUCCCAACGGACAGCUGGACCACUGCAAAUGACAGGGCCACUCCAGCCCUGGGGACCCUUGGAGGCCGGGGCUUACCCACCCUCUCUCCCCCUGUGGGGCAGGAAAUCCCUCCCUACAGAGAGCCCACCGCCUGUUCCCGCCCAGGCCUGAGCCCUUGGCCUCUGCAGAGAAGGUGCCCCCACUUCUCGCCGCUCCCAGGGACCCCUCUCCCAGGGCCGAGUCUGGUAUUGAAGGCCAACGUGCUUACUCGAACUAAGGACAGCCACCGCCCUCCUCGGUCCUGGCCCGCCGCAGGGGGGGCCCCCCCGGCCACCUGGUCCUUGAGAAUCAAACCUCCGUGGUGGGGUGUUGGAAGGUGACCCUCCACACACACACACACACACACACACACACACACACUGAGUCCACCUUCCCUUUAGGGCUCUGCUUGUGUAUACACUGUGACAGGCCCUCAGAGGACACCCUGGGGCCCCCAACAGUAUCAGGAGUGGGGGUCACAUCUGGACAAAGGGCAGGGUGGCCACCCCAGAGGCUUCCUGCCCCACUGCUAACGGCCCAGGCUGCUCCAGCUGCUGCGCACAGGGUCCCCUAAGGCUGUGGCCCGUGAGAUGGCAGCAGGGGCAGAAUGAGUAAGAGGAGGCUGUGGGAGGGACUGGCCUCCCCUGGCUGGAAUUCGUUUUUGAGGGUCUUCCCCAGCCUGGUCCUUGAAUUCCGGAAUGACUGGUUGGCCGUCUGGACCUUGUAAGGUUUCUGAGGCAGUCGUGGGCCAGGGCCAGGGCCAGGGUGGUGGUGCCCAGUCCUCCCGGGCCUGCUGGCCCAUGACGCCACCCUCCUGGCCCCUCUUCACGUAUUAUCCAACGACGUUUACUUAGGCAGGCGCUGCUGUGAAUCACUCCACCAUGCCAAGGCUGCCGAUUCUUGUUCCCGGGAAUGGCCGUGGCCUUUGCUCCGUAACGGGGCCUGCGGGCUGCUCAGGGCAGGGGGCUGGGGGGGUGGCGAUGUUCUUCUGGUGGCCCUGUGACACGCUGACCCACGCCAAGCCUGGUCGACUGGCCCCUCACACCACACUCCACGAGGCCGGGACCCUCCCACACACUGCACUCCAUCCCAUGAUCCUCUCGGAGCAGGAGCAGGGCGAGGCUCAGCCUCAUUUCCGCACAGAAUGCGACGCGGGAGGCGGACGGGCCUCCGUGUCAGUAGGAGAUGACAGCAGUCAGCAGGCUGGACCGUUUGAAAAAGAGGAAAUGUGUGUCACCCCCUCACCCCCACCCCUGUCAACCCCCUGCUGAUCUUUGACCUCUGAUAGAGGUCUGCUGCAUGAUGCCAUUUUUCCUCCUGUCCUGGAGAGAAACGGCCACCAGGCUGUGAGUUGGUCUCCCAGGAGCCAGUGGGGAGGGGGCAGCGAGGCAGAGAGCCGAGGGGUCAGGGCUAGGAAUGGUGGGGGUGGGGAGGGGUGACGGACGCCAAACCCCAUUUGUGUGGAAUGUCCCAGCCUCCAUCAAAAGUCCAAAGCUUGGGUUUCCAAAGAAGGAAAGUCUUUAAAUUUCUGCGGAUUGGUGCUGUAAAAUAUUUUGAUACAUAAUUAACUUAUUUUGGAUUGUCUGUUGCCCUCUGGGGGCCCCACACCCCCCGUGCUUGGUUGCGUUUCAUUUCCUGUCGGGGUGAGGAGAACUCGGGGUGUGGUGGGACCCCCGUGAGGCGGGAGACAAUUCUCCUAUUUGGCUUUCCUCUUCCUGGCUGGAGCUCCCAAGGAGGCCAUCUCUGACGGGUGACCUUUUAGCCACGCGCAGCCUGCAGGGAGGGGGCUUCGCAAAGCUGCCGGGAGGAUGAGAUUAAAAGACCAGGGUUUUCCCCUCGGACUUCCGAAGCCCCGGGGCAGACUGGGCAGAGGAAAGGAUAAAUCAUUGAUUCUUUCCCCCCCACCAUGACCCUUCUGAAGCCCCUGGCCUGUUACCCGAUAAAGGGUGCGUGUCCCCAUUGGGCUGCUUACCUGGCAGUAUUGGGCCCCCCCACCCUGAGGCUUGCGUGCUCCAGCUGGCCCCGCAGGAACGGGGCACGGAAGAGGACACCCCCACGCCCAGGGAGACGCGGCCGCGGCACCGCUAGAGGACACUUGCUGGCAAGGGUGGCGUGUGGCUCCUUGGGUCACAAACCAGUCAUGGGCGAUGCGCUUGGGCUACAGCGUGCACACUGGUGCAGGGUGGCCAAGGAUCCCAGGCCGCCCCCGUCUGCUGUCCCUGGUAGGAAUCGGCCUCCGCUUGGGGGGGUCACCAUCCAUCAGGGCUUCCUCGUGUGGAGCCCCCACCCCCCAAAGGUCCAGGUCUGAAAGACCCGUUUGGGGUGAAGAGACCUCGGUGCUGCCUCGCGGACCUCCAGGCCCGCGUGUUUCCGUGAGCCGGCAGGGCCCCCACUGCCACUCCAAGCAGACACCCCCACCCAGCUUGGGCCCAGGGGUCCUCAGGAGAGAUGGAUGGAAGGUGUCUCCAAGGACACAGCUGGGGAGGCACCCCCACUCUGACUCCAGGCCGGGGGUGACCAGCGGGGUGUGGGCGCACAGACACGAGUCUCCGCGGAGGGACGGCUGAGGACACCUGGCCACAGGUGGGUGGACGGCGCAGCCAGGCACACUGGAUUGCAUCCUUGGCAUCGGGACGUGCGACGGGCUUCGAGGUGGCCGGUCCACGGCCCCCCGCCUUCGCCCACUGCUCCGAUGCUGUGUCCCCCUGCACCCAUGCCUCGCCGCUCCUGGUCACCCCACCCCAGGGGUGGGGACCCCCGGGAGACAGCGUCCGUCGCACACAAAACGCCCAGACCGACUUUCUCAGGGGAUUCUCGGGUCCAGCCCGAUGGGCGACCAGACUUGGCUCAUAUCUGAACGAGGUGUUCGGCUGCCCCUUGGGUGACAAGGGAACGUUGACGCUGGGGACUUAGUUUCCCGCUUAAGUCUCUGUGCCAUGCAGACCCCCUGUGUGCUCACCCACCACGCACAGGAAGAUGACUGUCAACUGCGUCAUUACGUCGUGUAUUUCUGCGUCCUGGGUCUCGGGAGCCCGGGCUAGGUCAUCAAGGAGGACUGGUUUAUCAAACCGAUAAGGGCAGUGGUCCCUCCCCAUGGACAUCUGCAUCUCCCGAUGAACACGGAGCCAAUUUACGAAAGGAGGGCCACUGCUGUGUUUGGGUUUCCCCCCCUAAUUUUUAAUUAUGUGAAUUGUAUAUUUUUUGCUCGUUCGGAUGUUCUAUUUUUCUAAUAGGUUUUGUUUUGUUUUUUAGAGUUUAUUAUAAUUGUGAUAUUAGAUUUUGAUUCUGAUGCUAAUUUCGCAAAUCGGGCUGGUCUCUGGGCCCCUCCUGUCUCCAUUUCUUUCAUCCCCCCCAUUUUCAUUGUUUUUUUUUUAAGGACAAGUCUAGGUGUCGUCCACCUGCCCCCUACCCCCAAAUCAAAACAAAAACCCGUGAACCUCUCUUUUUGUUGCCUUUCUGCCGACCACACUGUAUCUUGCUAACUUCCGGCCGGCCUCUCUUGUAAAAUCAGCCGUUGUUUAAUGGUACAUCAUCUCACACUUCUGCCACUUCUAAUAAAUUAUGUCCGUAGCUUCAUCCAG